AGUCAUAGAGCUUAAAACAGCAACUGUCGAAAGUCAUGUCAUGUCAUGUCAUUUGAUCAAUGUUAGGAAAAUUGAUAAAUUAAUAUUAUUUUAGAUUAGAUUCCACAGUAAAGUAAUGGCGAGUAUAGAACUAGAUAUUUGGCGAGGAGAAUGGGGCCUUGCCUCGAUAGAUUUAGAAUGUCUAAAAGUUUUAACCUAUAUGAAAUUUAUUGGAGUACCUGUAAGAGUUCGAGAAGCAAACAAUCCAUUUUUCACACCCAAAGGAAGGCUUCCUGUCAUGAAAGAUGGACGCAAUCUACUCACAAAUUUUGAAGAAGUUGUCGAUCAUUUAAAAUCCUUGCACUACAGCACAGAUGUACAUUUAAACACGAAGCAGGCAGCAGAAGCUAGUGCAUUCACACAAUAUUUAAGGGAGAAACUUUACCCUGCAUACCAGUAUGCAUGGUGGGUAGAUGAAAAGAACUAUUGUGAUCUAACAAGACCAACAUAUGCUAAAGCACUUUGUAUACCCUUCAAUUUCUAUUAUCCAUCACAUUACCAGAAUGCAGCAAAAGAGAUGAUUGAUGCUUUAUAUGGAGAACACACAGAUCUAAGGGAAAUUGAGAAAACAUUAUACAAUGAAGCUGAGAAGUGCCUUAAAACAUUAUCAGAUAGAUUGGGAGAGAGUGAAUACUUCUUUGGUAACAGACCUUCAUCAUUUGAUGCCACAGUCUUCGCAUACCUUGCACCACUCGUGAAGGCACCAUUCCCUAACGCCACACUAGCCAAUCACGUCAAAGGCAUAGCUAACCUCUCCAGAUUUGUUGCUAGAAUUAACCAAAAGAAUUUUAGACAUGUUACCGAUGGUAAGUUCUUUGUUGAUGUAAUUCUUAAAAUGUAAAUAGACUUUAACCUUUUGAAUGCCAGAGCAAAAACGCAUGAACUUGCCCUCAACGCCAGGCCACAAAUUCACCGCAAAUACCUACGAAAAAAAUAGGGAUUCCAAAACUUCAUCGAUAAUCAAUUUUAUUUUCAUUUUCGUCUUUAAUUUCGAAAUAUAAUGUCCUUAUAACAUUGAAAUUUAAUUCAAC